GGAGGGACCAGAGUUGCCUAGCGACCGCGUGUCGGCGUCCUCGAACGGAGCACGCCAGAAUUCUCGACAGCAUCUCCGCCUCUGUGUUUACCAACAACAACAAGAACAACAACAAGAACAACAACAACAGGAACACGCACGCACGCCGAGCAGUUAUUUAACGCGCCGUUUUGACUGUGAAGUCAUAAGCGUUUGUUUCGGUUUGGCUCACGGAGGCUUUUAACAACACAAAACCCCUAAAUAUUUAUUGAAUUCUCCGCGGCCGAUGAAGCAGAUCUCGCACGAGCCACGAUCCGAGACAAUGGCGGUGGCGGCUUCAUCGGCGGUGGCGGCUGUGGCAUCGGCCGCAGAACCGUCAUCGACGUCAUAGCGCGGUGGCGAUGGAUCGCUACGAGCGGGUGUCGGUGCUGGGCCGUGGCGCGAGUGGGGAGGUGCUGCUCGUGCGAGACUCGGCCGGCGCGCGUCGCCUCCUCGCCCUCAAGCUUGUGCCCGUGGAGCCGUGGCGGCGUGGGCGGUCGCGGGAGACGGUGCUGCGCGAGGCCGAGCUGCUGCGGCGGCUGCGCCACCCCAACGUGGUGGCGUGCCUCGAGCACUUCUUCGCGUGCGACAAUGGAAGAGGAGGUGGAGGAGAUGGCGGAAGAGCAGGAGAAGAUGCAGCCGAGAGCCUGUACAUGGUGCUGGAGUACUGCGAUGGCGGGUCACUGGAGGACAGAGUUCGGAGGGCGCGUGAGGCUGGCCAGUUCAUCGCCGAAAGACAGGUCAUGCAGUGGUUCGUACAGGUGUGCAUGGCUGUGCAGUACAUCCACUCUCUCAAGAUCCUGCACCGUGACAUCAAGACCUCAAAUGUGUUCCUCACCAAGGCUGGCACGGUCAAGGUCGGUGAUUUUGGAAUCUCGAAAGCCAUGGAGGGGACCCUUGACAUGGCGGUGACGUGCGUGGGAACGCCGUACUACCUGAGCCCGGAGAUGUGCCAAGACCUGCCCUACAGCUCCAAGUCGGACGUGUGGGCUCUCGGCUGCCUCCUGUACGAGCUGUGCGCCCUGAGACCUGCCUUUGAAGCCAACAACAUAAUCAGCCUCUUCUACAAGAUAAUGCGCGGCGAGCCAGACCCGCUGGACGAGAGCUACUCGUGUGACGUGCGUGCGCUGGUGGCGCUGCUGCUGAGCCGCAGCCCAGAGGACCGGCCGGGCGCCAGUGCCGUGCUGGCCUCGCCGUACGCGCAGCGCCACCUGCGUCUCUUUGUGCGGGAGUGUGAAGACCGACGGGCUGGACGGGCACACAGGGCGUCGCGCUCGGAUCACAGCGGCUGCGUGGACGCCGUGCGGAGCAAGUCGUCGUGCUCCCCGCUGGCGGGCGACGGGCUCGCCGCGAGCAAGGGCUCGCACGGCAGCGGCGACGGUGACGUCUGUGGCGGCUUCGACCCUAGGGCCAAGUCGGCUCCCCCCGGCCUCCCCGGGAAUCUCCACGAGGCAAGUGAAGAGGAAGAUGAAGAGGAGCGGUCCUCACCUGGGGAGGAUCCUGGGAGGCACGGCUCGUCCCCGGAGCCCAGCGACUACUCCGACGAUUUCAGCGACGAGGGCAGCACUCCGGGGAAGAGGAGCCCCGUCUCGUCGGUCGAUGAGGAGGUGGUCGAGGUGGACGAUGCACAGCUCGGAGACGACGUCCCUGAGGAGCUGGAGGGCAGCUGCGAGGAGGCGGUCGAAUACGCGGACGAUUUUGAAGAGUGCGACGAUGACGACGAUGAGCAGCUUGAGCUGGCGGUGAGCUGCGCCCGCUCGGCCGUGGGCGCCACCGAGGCCGGCGGCGGCGACAGGAGCGUGGCCGCGUUCGCCCACGGCGACGGGGGGAAGGAGGGAGGCGAUAACGACGAGGUCUGCUCUCAGACAAACAACCUGCGGGUUCUACGACAGCACUGCAUCGACGCGCUGGGGCCCGAGCUGUUCGGAGAGGUGUGCGGGUUGCUGGAAUCCGGCGCGGGCGAGUCGUGCGUACGGGAACGCUACCGGAGCACGCUCGCCGAAGAUCACCUCUCCGCCUGCCUGAUGCUCCACGGUGCCACGAGUGGAGCCACCUGCGUGCGGUGAACUCCCGUCGGGCAGAAGGAGGGGACCAAGUGGGGCAUGUGUUGCCCUUGGUUGUUUUUUUUCUUUCAUGACUGAACACAAAGAACAGGAGUCACAGAGGGGAGGAAUACAUUCCGCGUGUGCACAACAUUUCUCGGCCCAGCCGUAACCUCUUGACUAAAUCUCCCCCCAGAUAGGGGCCGAUUUAAAGGUACUUACCCCUACAACAGUAAGGAUACGAUUCGGGACCAGUAGAUUAACUAGGAAGUGGGGCGGGGGAGAGGAGGGGGAGAGGCAUGUUGCCCUUCCUAGUGGUGUAGUAGCUAUUGAGGGUGCAGGCGAUGCAAUUGCACCGGGCUCUACAUGCCAAAAGGGCCCAGGCGGUGAGCUAAUAUGAGGAGGGAAAUUGGACAGAGGGCCGCAAUAUCAUUCCUCGUACCAGGGCCCCAUGCCAAUGACGCCAUGCCAGUGAACCUCCCCACUUAUGAACAACAGCCCUGGUCUGCACCCUGCCCCACCCCUCAUCCAUUCCUAUUCAGAGGCAGAUCCUCAGGGUGACUACGUAGGAGUUUCUGGUUUUAGAAAUCCAUCGUGCCACCACAUCUCGCCGUCACUUCUUUGCAAUAAUACUGUAAUGUGACAAUAACAAUUCUGACCGAGUCUAAAGGCUUUUUUUUACAUGAGCAACCUGCAUCGGAAUGUUUGACCAAAUGCCUUUAAAAAGGAGUGUUUUGUCUGUUGGAGAAAACUUGAAGCGCUUGGAGAAUACCCACCGCACGUACAACAGGAUAGAACCCAAAGAUGUGCACAGAUGUAUACGCAGAGCCUCUUGCUGUACUGGAGUCUAAGCCAGAUUACAGCCCAUCGGGUUUAGGAGUUUUAUAGAACCUUUCCUCCAAAAUCGCUGGACUACAAGUUUUGCACUUUUCAGCCUUUCCUGCCUUCAGAUAUUGAAGCAUCUGGUCUCCAAGUUGACAUCUGGUCUCCAAGUUGACAUCUGGUCUCCAAGUUGACAUCUGGUCUCCAAGUUGACAUCUGGUCUCCGAGGUCAGCUCUGAUGUCUCAUUCAUCUUAUGCAGUUCCGAGGGUGUGGCUUUGGGUGCCCUCCUAUCCUAGGUGGCUUUCUGUUCCCCUCUUGACUGUGUCUUGCACACACAGAUUGAUGGGGCAAGGGCUUUCGAUUUAAAGCUUUCGUGACUGCAGGGAUUCAUCUUCUUGGUUCUUUCGGUAAAGUCACGUGACUUUACCGAAAGAACCAAGAAGAGGGGGCAAGGGCUGUCAGUCGGCAGCUCUUCAUCGUCACAAUUGAGCACUGCGGCCAUCACCGCGCUUGGCCACCUUUGUCUCACCAUUCCUCGUGCUUUUACUGACUCCGCCCAGAACUCAUUUAAAGCUGAGUCGACCUAUGGGAAGCCCAGGGCAACUUCUGGUACCACUUGCCACUGAUAUUGUCUGUGGCUAGGAAUCGCACUCAAGUCACUAGGAUCACAGUGCGGACCAUCGUGCCACUGCUGCUCUCGAUAGUAGAGCUAUGUGGUGAUACACAGCUGCGUGUGUGUGUGUGCAUGCAUGGAAGAGCAGUUUAACAGGAGAUGCAGGAAGGUGCCACCAGACUUGAGGAGUCUGUUUGAAAGAAUCUUUCCAUGGGUUAACGUGGCCACCGAUACUUAAUGCUGACUGCCUCAUUCAAAUCACGUUUAUACAGAUCGUUGUGAGUUGUAAUUGUUACGUUUCACCGCCACAAUCAGCCCUGUUUAAUCCGCGGCUGGAUGAAGGCCUCCCCAAGAUGUCGGCCAACCCCGUUGGUCUCGUGAUGCAAAACAAUUCGUCUGUAACAACAGGACAUGAGGCGAUCUCAUCGCUCCAUCUCCACGGUGAGACGUCCUCUCGGGGGCAUGCUCCCUCCUUUGGCUGUGACUCCGUCGUUAGUCUCAGCCGCCGGCCAUCGUCGCUUCUAGCGACGCGUGCUGCCCUAGCACACUCGCAUUUCUAAGUACGUAUCGUUUACAUAGGUUCAAGUGGCACUCAUCGCUGUUGGCAUUCUGAGGCCAAUUCUACAUUACUAUGGCAUGGGAAAGUAUGGUCCACAAGGCAGCCACAGUUGACUUGGCACAAAGUGGUGCAGUCUAACUUGCUGGCACUCAUUUGACCAAUUCCAUUGUUAGCGAAGAAGAUGAUGAUGAUGAUGGCAGUUGUUUGGCCCUGAUGAAGAUUUGAAUUUACAAUCUCACGAUCAGGAGCCUCUGACGUUCCACCAAACUGAGGCGUAGGCUGCCGGCUUCGCAUGAACACGAUGAACGUGUUGGGAAAUCUGAGGUUGGGGAAACAUCUUCUUGGUUCUUUCGGUAAAGUCAAGUAGAAGGGAAGUAAUAAAAUAAUGAAAAUAAAACAUAAUAAAAUAAAAGAUUAUUAUUUUAUUACUUCCCUUCUACGUGACUUUACCGAAAGAACCAAGAAGAUGAAUCCCUGCAGUCACGAAAGCUUUAAAUCGAAAGUUGGGGAAACAGUGAAACUAACCGCGUUUUAAAUUUGCUAAGCGACUAAUGUCAAAGCACUUGCAAAAUAAACUACUGUAUUUGUAAU